AUGGCAGCUACGGCAGUGGCAGACGAGAGUCUACCUGCUUCUGGAUCCAACGAAGGCAACCCUUCCAGCGUUGAGGACUCCGCUGAGGAGCAAGUCAGUCUACGUAAACGUGAUGAAGACGACACUGGCAAAUCUGCUGGAACCAAUAAUGGCGAGCCUGGUGGAACGAAUAACGGCGAGCCUGCUGGAACCAAGAAUGGUCAGCCUGCUGGAACGAAUAAUGGCAAGCCUGUUGGAACGAAUAAUGGCAAGCCUGCUGGAACCAAGAAUGGUCAGCCUGCUGGAACCAAUAAUGGCAAGCCUGCUGGAAGCAAGAACGGCGAGCCUGCUGGAACCAAUAAUGGUAAGCCUGCUGGAACCCACAAGCCCGCUGGAACCAAUAAUGGCGAGCCUGCUGGAAACAAUAACGGCAAACCGAAGACAGGCAAUAAUCACAAGGUACCAGUCAAGCUCGAACGUCAAGGCUGGGGCUCAGCCUUGCCCGAAUUCAUGAAGAUACAAAUCGUCAAUCUUGCCAUCUCCGGCAGAUCAGCGAGAUCGUACACCAAUGAGAACCGAUUCAAGACACUCGCGACCAAGGUCAAAAAGGGAGACUACGUCGUCAUUCAAUUCGGACACAAUGAUGUUGGCACGCCUAAAAGCAAGAUCGACAAUGGACGUGCAGCUUGUCCGCCCGUCAAUAACAAAUAUAGUACGACUUGCAAGACCACUUUCCAUGGCAAACCCGAAACAGUCCUAACAUACUACACCUACCUGGUCCAAGCCGCAAAGCUCCUCAAAAGCAAAGGCGCCAAUGUCAUCAUUCUCUCCCCAACGCCCAAUAACCCCUUCGCCAGCGGAACCUACAAAUUCAAAGCAAACAUUUUCGCCAAAUAUGCCGCAGACGCCGCCAAAGCCGCCGACGUGACCUUCAUCGACCACGGCAAUGUGACGUCUGCGCUAUUUCAGAAUAUGACCGCCAAAGUCGUCGACUCGUACUAUCAGGGUGCGACGCACUUCACCCCGGCGGGAGCGAGGGUUAUCGCGCAUGAAUUCGUUGAGGCGUUGGAGUCGUCGGAAAGUACGUUGAAGAAGUAUGUUACUUCGGAU